AGAAAUAAUCGUUUAUACGGUGGCAGAAGCCCAUGGCUCAAAAGUUACAGAGUCUGGCAGUCUGGUGAACGAUCCGGAGAGAGAAAUAAUCGUUUAUAUGGUGGCAGAAGGAUUUUCAUGUUCAGCUAAGAAAAACGUGGCGCUGUUCAGUACCCAGGAACAAUGUCUAGAAAUGCGAUCUCAAGGCCUCUCAGCUCACCGAGACAAGAAUCAGUAAUCGAUUCUUAUUACAAUUCCUCUUUCAACAAUUCCCUAAAGGUUCCCAACCCUUCCAAUUCUUCCUUCAAACCAGAAUCAACUCCUCCUCGUCCAUGGAAACCUAUCUUCAUCGAAUACGUUCCCGAAGAGAAACCCAUCGUCAACACAGACUACAAUCAGCUUCUACGUUGUUGCACUGAUUUGAAAUCUCUCCUUCAAAUCCAUGCACAACUACUAGUUUCAGGAUAUAAAUCACAUUACUUAACAGAUACGCAUUUAGUACAGAACUACUCAUUGUUUGGUAAACUUGAUUUCGCAAGAUUUGUAUUUAAUAAAAUGGAAAACCCAACUACCAUAUCAUAUAAUUCGAUGAUCAGAGGUUAUACAAGAAUGAAACAAUACAGAAAUGCUAUGUUAUUGUAUCAUAAAAUGUUGUUUAUGGGAGUAGAACCAGACAGGUAUACUUUUGUUAUUACUUUGAGAGCUUGUAUUGAAGCUUAUAAUGUAGAUAUUGGGUUUCUUAUUCAUGAGGAAAUGGUAAAAAAUGGAUUUGAUUCUGAUCUUUUUGUUGUGAGUGCUCUGAUUGAGUUUUACUUCAAAAUGGGCAAAAUUGAUGCUGCAGAAAAAGUGUUUGAGAAUAUGCCUGAAACGGAUGUUGCUGUUUGUAAUGCAAUGAUUAAGGGGUAUUCACUUAGUGCGAAACCUUUUGAGGCUUUGAGAUUUUUUUAUAAGAUGCAAAGGGAGGGAAUUGAAGUUAAUUCAGAGAGUUUGUUAAACUUAGUACCUGCUGUUUCUAAGUUGGCGUCUGUUCGUUUCUGUAGAGCUUUUCAUGGUGUUGUUACUACAAGAGGUUUUUCGAGGGCUGUUUUGAAUGGGUUGAUAGAUAUGUACUGGAAAUGUGGAGAUGUACUUUCGGCUAGGGCUGUGUUUUACCGAAUGUGUAGUCGGAAUGAUGUGUCAUGGGGAACGGUGAUGGAGGGUUUUGUGAGUAAUGGUUGGUUUGGGGAAGCAUUGGGGUUAUUUGAUUGCAUAAAAAGAGAGAGAUUGAAGUUGAAUCCGGUAUCAGCAUUGAGUGCACUUCUGGCUGCCGCUGAGGUUGGAAAUGUAGAGAAAGCAAGGGAGAUUCAUGAUUACUUUGUAAGAGUGGAAACUGUUUCAGACAUUAGAAGUUUCGAGAAAGCAAGGGAGAUUCAGGAUUACUUUGUUCAAUCAGGAAUUGAUUCAGAUGUUGAUAGGUCGUCAACAUCAACCUCUUAUAGAGCAGGAAUUGACACAGAUACUUAUUGGUCAGCUUAAGACUAAAUUUCACCUACAAUACAUGCAGGGAACCAGAGUUAGUAUGUGCCCAAGCAACAUGUAAAAGAUAGUAUGUGAUCUUUUGGCAAUCAUGUUCUCCGCAUUAUCAAUUGGAUAGUCUUAAUAUCAAUUCAAUAAUAAUGAUAUAUGUUUGAAAGAUACCAUAUCAGAAUUUAAAUAUGUUUAGAUAAAUACCAACUAUGUGUAGAUACUAGAUAACCACAUCAGAAUCGUUUUAUGUUAGCCUUGAUUGGAUACAAGAAAGAAUUUGGACGUUUGCCUUCAGCAUUCCAGCAUGCCAACUUUUUGUUGAUAACCUUAGUACGUGGUUUGUAUCAGAUACAUUCUUCAAACUUCUUGAAUAGAAACUUACAAAUAGCAAGGGAGAUUUAUGGUUACUUUUUUGGAGCACGAAUGAUUCAUAGACAAGAAAUUGUGAGAAAUCAUGGGAGGUUCAUAGUUACUUUGUUCGAUUAGGAAUUGAUUCAUAAGUUUAAGAUUAUCAACCGCAUCAAACUCUUAUUAGCUCAGAAUAAGAGUAAUCUUCCACCUAAGUCCACGGCAAUUAUUGUGUGUCAAAAAUCUGAAUUAUGCAACGUGUGUUAUACUUCAGUAGAAUGCAAAUUUGUUUGUACGAUUUUUUGAUUCAAAAUUUACCAUGGCAAUCUUCUAACUCAUGUUAUUACUUAAUUCAAAUAACUUUACCAGAGUCUUCGUUAGUAGUACUAUACGGUUAAAGUUUGUCACACAUAUCUGAUAUAUACAAGUGCGUUUAGUUAUUAGAGGGAGUAAUAUGUGAAAUAGUUCCUGUGUGGUCUUGAAUUUGUCAGUAUGCUAAACGUUGUACAAAUUUAUAUAGGAAUAUGUAUUUGUGUAUGAAUUACUGUUACCACUAAUGCAUAAUCACAACGAAUACUGAAUGACCAGUAUUAAAGGCUGUCUUUUGGUUGUCUUGGUCGUAUUUGAUCUCAUAUGUUUG